GUCAGAUGGUAAAUGAUAUCAGAGAAAAAAAAAAAAGAAGUUAGGUUCUCUUAUUUCACCGAACAGUCGAGCGACUUCUCUUUCAUCAAUCUCCAAAGAAGAAGCGCUUCUCGAGCCUUCUAAAAGGGAAUGGUUAAUGCGUUAGAUUUGCAGAGCUUUAUUCUCAGAGCUCGAGUGCUUAAACUUUACAGGCAAGCUUUGAAGAUAGCUCACAGAGCUCCUCCUCAGGCUAGAGGAGAAUUAAAACAGAGUAUAAGGCAAGAGAUGGAGAAGAACAGUGAGUGCAAGGACAAGCAAAAGAUCAGGUAUCUGAUUAGUGAAGGAUUAGAGAGGAUUAAACAACUUGAUGAGAUGUUGGACAUGCAAGGCCAUUGAAAUCGAUCGCUUUUGUCCUUUUGUAAUGUAUUUGUUGUUUCUAUCAGAUCAACAUUUUGUCUGAUUAUAACAAAAAAAAAGUAAAGUACAAGAAACAAGUGUUCUUCUUGUAACAUAUUCAUUUGAUGCUUAAGAUCUGAAAAAUCAAGUGUAACAAAUAUGUCUAGGUGAUAAUAACAAGAAUGAUAUACUUUUUACUUAUAAAA